GUGAUAAGAGAUGAACUCUGCCUGAUAGCUAGAUUAAUAUAAUAUCACAUCGUAACAUGGGGAUUCUAAAAAUCGCGUGUAUCGGUGUGCUGUGUUCUGUUUUCACUGUAGAAGGUAGAUUAGGAAAUGAAGAAUGGGAAAAUCGUAUGGAACAGAAGAUGGAAGAAAUGUUCCAAAUGAUAGAGAAACAGAGUAUUGUCAUAAAGGAGCACACUAGGACCAUUGAAAGACAGGCGAUAGAAAUCAAGGAUCUCAGACAAAAAGUCAUGCUCCAUGAAAAGAAACUCGAUCUGGCAGCUGUUCACAAUCAGGCUAAACAAGUCCACCAAAACAGUAGUGAUGGAGGGGAACAUUUCAGGAAUAGAAAUCUCCGCACGCACAACUCGGUUUUAAAACCACAACACACACGUAGACUUCUUAUUUCACCAGAGCAGACCGAUACAGAGGGUCGUGUUGCGUUUUACGCAUACAUUUCAAAAGACUUCGGUGGAGUGGGUAUAGAUCACGUUUUUCUUUACGACACUGUCGUGACGAAUUACGGCAACGCCUACAGUCAGCAUACAGGGGCUUUCACAGCGCCCACUACCGGCGUCUACGCAUUUUCCUACACCGCGUAUGCUUCCGGAGAACAUGUCGCCGGAGAAUCUGGUGACUAUGGCGAGGUGACGGUCCAACUGGUUCAUAAUGGUGCGUACAAAGGUUCCAUUCAUGUCGACACUGAGACGAACUGGGAAGAAGAAAUGUCUACAGGAUUUGUCAUUCUCGUGCUUCAGUCCGGAGAUGUCGUCUUGACAAUGUCUAAAGGUCAAGGUGAAGGUUCCUUCCACAGCAACCCUUCUGGAAGAUGGUCGUUUUCUGGAUUUCAGAUCAUUUAAAAUAAAUAGUUGAUAUAUCUUUGCAAUGAAAA